UCUUUAAAGGUAGCGUCUCUCCAAACGUAUAAACCUACUAUUCCUAUUAUUCUUUCGAAAAUCAUGGCACAGCUUCAUCUUUCCGCAGCACAACAAACACUCCGACACAUUUCCCCACACAUGUUGGACAACCACAUGUAUCCCAAGAGACUUUCGAAUUCCUGUUCCUUACAGUAUAAAGAAACUCUAUUCAUUUUGGGCUCCUUGUCGAAAAGGUUACACAGAAAUCCAAAUGCAAUUAAAAAUGGCACAGGCCAAUCUGAAUUGGGCAUUACAGAAAAUUCAGGCGCUCUUCACAAUUGUACAGGCUCGCCAGAAUUGGGUUUUUCAGAUAACUCAAGUGCAACCAAAAACGAUACCGGCCCACAUGAAUUGGGUGCAGAUUGCCUUGAAGUGGUGCAGUGCAAUGCAGAGCGUGGUGAUGAAGGGGAGCUCAGCUCCUCUGCAAUGGCAAUUGCCUUGGCAAUGCAGAAGAUAUGUGGGUACUCUGUUGAAAUUGUGCAGAGGGUGGAGAAGGUUGUUCCAGCUGGAGUAUUUGCCGGUCCCAGCGCCGAGUUCAGGACACUCUGCAUUGAACAGCUUUCUCUCUGUGCAAAUAUUGUCGGGGAUGAUGCCAUUCUAUCAAUCUAUCUCCGACCAGCUGGAAGCUAUGUAACAGACCAGCUAGAGCUAAAGCAAGCUGUCAUAUAUCCUGGCCAAGAAUUAGCAAAGCAAGAUGAUAUGCUGCUCUUAACUGGUAUAUUCAAUUCACAAGUAAACUUACGCUCAGCCGAAGCAGCCAUUGCAGAACAACAAGUUGAGGAGAUUCUAGAAUGUAAUGCACUAGUUUUACCAAUGGUUAAAGAUCUAUUUUUGGUUGGAUUUCUUGUGGCAGAAUGCCAAAUGGUGAAGUCUGGAAGCAUUUGCAUGCCUGAUAAUGAAUGCGAGCUAUCAUCAUCUGAUUCAGCAAUAAAAACAGUGAAAAUAGAGCCUUUCCAGCAAGUCAGAGAUGAUACAUUAUCCUCUUCAUUCAGUGCGAAACAGAAGGCAGCAGUCACCAAAAUUUCACGCUCGUUAGCUGUGGCCUAUGUAAUGGAUCAGAGAGCAUUACUACUCCAGCAUACAUCUUGGCAGAAGGGUAUAAGAAUGAGUAACCUCAUGGAAGAAAUUUAUGGACCUCUUUCAAAUAUCAGGACACUAAGCAAAAUGUUACUACCACAUUUUAAGAGAACUGAGAUUCCACAUGAUAUUUUGGAAGAUAUACUAGUGCAAGGGGAACGCAUGAAAGACAUUGUACAAGAAUUGCAAGAUGCCUUCUACUACACCAAGGCCAAUUUAAUGCAUUUCAGGGAAGAGGAUAUCAAUAAAAUUGAAAGAGUUCACCCACAUCCUCUAUUAAGAAACGGAUACGUGUACUCUGACUACUUUGAUAAUGACAAAAGCACUAAAUUGUCUGUGGGUCCUAAAGCAGGAGCAGACUUGGAACUUCCGAUGCCUCCUCUUGCUCUUGUAGCGUUACCAAAACCUAAUAUGAGACCAUGCAAUGUAUCAAAACUCCUAACAGAUCUGGUAAAUGCUGGAGAUGCUUUAGCUCACAGCCAGCAGCAAACAUUGCAGUUGAGAGAAAACACACACGUUUUGCAGGCUGCAAUUGAAGAAUCUGCUUUAAGACAGGCAUUAAGCAAUUUACUGGAUAGUGCAUUGUUAAGAGUACCUGCAGGUGGCUGGGUUAAGGUUGAAGCUAUGGAAGCCCCAGGUGGUGGUGUCCUUGUGGUGAUUGAUGACAAUGGACCUGAUAUGAGUUUAAUGACUCAAACUGAAUCUGUAGUGCCAUUUAGAUCUGACCUCUCCUCUGAAAGUAGAACCGAGGAUAAUAUCUUGUGGAACUUUGUGGCUGGAAUUGCUAUUGCCCGAGAGAUUUUGGAACGUUAUGGUAGUGUCCUUCGCAUGUUAUCGCCUUAUUUACCUAAUGCAUUGCUAGGGGCAGGUGGAACACACAUUGAGAUUUGGCUGCCUCCCUUGCCUGUUGAAGGAACAACAAAGUCAUAGGAAGAACUGGAAGUAGGUCCCUUUUUACUUGUGCUGAAUCUUUGAUAUCAUGUUGUAUAAAUCUAUCUAAUUUGAGAGCUAUGUAGAGAUACCUAAUCUUCAUGCAGAGAAAUCGAGCAAUACACACACAACAGCAUGGUCUAAAGCAAGAUUACUUGAAUGCAAUGAGGGCCUUUUAUGUUCUUCCAGGUCAUGCAUCACACAAAACUCUAAUAGCCAUUACUGUAAUAUUACAGUGUAUUUCUCAAGUUGGCUAUCAUCUUGUAAGAAAGUAACUGAUGUUGAAAUGCCCAUGUUGUAACAAAUUACUCUGAUUUAGUAAUCUCUUUUACUUUUCUCUACAGCCAACCUGGAUGCAGCAUGUACCUAAUAUGUUCCAAUUAUGGUUUAAUAUUUUCAUGAGAAUUUUUAUUGUUAGA